UCCUGUCAGCUCCGUUCAGUUCCGUCCGGUUCCUCCAUCAUGUGGCUCCGCAGCGGCAGAGCGCGCUGAUGCAACCCGGCAGCAGAGACACGCACUGCGGGGAGAGCAGAGAGCCACGCCGGGGGAGGCUGCGGGUCGGUUGUCAGUAUGGCAGAUACUGAUGGUUACCAGGAGCAGCUGGAGAAUGACGCCCAGUUCUUGUGCUCAGAUCAGAGGAUGGACACCGAGCUGGUUGAUAGACUGGUGCUGCAGCUCAACAGGAUUUACCCCCAGAUUCUCAGUGACAAGGAGGCCCACAGGUUCAGGAACCUGAGCGUGCCCACGAAGGUGCGUUUAGCUGAGAUGUUGAAUUAUCUGCACAGAAGAGGUGAGGAGGCAUGUCAUGAAUUCUACAGAGCACUCCACAUCCACGCCGAGGACGUCUACUUCAGGCUGCCCACCAGGAUCAGACGAAGAGAAAUGGCUGAUCUAAAACAGAAUAAUGAUGUGGCGGUCAAGUCAAAUCAUGAGCGAUUCGUCCUUAAUGACAAAGGACCAAUGUUCUUCCUGAGUUGUUUCAGUUUUGUGGUUGGAAUUGCAAUUCUCUACUAUUACGGAGAGGGUGAAACAUUAAGAUGUACCGGAGGGUUUCUUCACUGCUCUGCAGCGGCAAGAUUUAGUAAAGACGCUAAAGAUGUUUUCGUUUCCUAUGCAGAGGUUGGAAAGCAGAAAUAAUAAGGUGCUGAAAUGCUUAAGAACUAGGGCUCUUAAGAAGAACAAGCCAUGAAAUUUGCCUCUUUCCUGUGCCAAACCCAUAUCUUUUCUGGAAUUGCACAUAUUAAUGUACUAAUUUAAGUACAGAUACUAACUGAGAAGAGAAAGUGACUCAUUCCGUCACAAAUUCUAAUAAUUGAUAUCUCUUAAAAUGAAAAAAGUGUGUUAUGUUGUCCCCUUUUAUCUGUGUGUGUGGGUCUCGAUUAAUUUCUUAUGUGUGCACAUGUAUAGAUUUCACAUUUUUAACUAAAAUGCAGCAUAUUAAUAACUUAAUGUGCCGGCACACUUGCAAAGCUGUUUUUAGUUACCUUUGAUUGAGUAAGUUUUCAGUAGAUGUCAUUCAAGAAAUGUUUAAGUCGUCAGCCAAAAGAAAAAUGAAAGAGCUCAAGUGCAGUUUGUACACACCAGCACUGUUCUGAGAAGAGCUUUUAUUCAGGCCACCCAAGUAAAAACACCUGCGUGGGUGAACUAUCGGUGUGCACAGACUUUAGCACAGUACUUGAAUUUAACGGUGCACAACACAUUCUGCAACACAGUUUCUUAAAUGCACAACGGAUAUUUUCAGCACCUUAACCCACGUGCAGUGCCUUGAAAUACUGUGAUAAAUGGAAUAUUGAAAAUCUGCUUACUAAAAAAAAACUGUUGCAUUUUGCUCAAAUAAAGCACAAAACAUUAACAUAG